AUGUGGGCUUGCUCACAGUCCUUAGGCGUCAUCAAGCUCUACAAGCUUACGUAUGAACCUGUCCAUGUGCAACAUGCCAUAUUCGACAGAUCCAAAGCGACAAACGAAUGGAGUAUUGAACCCAAGUACUUGAAGGAGAUAACGGAUCAUUUCGGCCCCUCAGCAGAGCAUCUGGAUAUCUACUCCGAGCAAGGCAAGGCUGUCUUUACCAGCUUUACCACGAAAAGCUCAGACGGAAAAGAAAUCCUUCGCCAGCCGGUGCACACGUCCGUAGCUAUUGAGAAAAGGGACUUCGAUUACUAUUUAGCAGAAGACCAUCUUCACGUUGCCAUCCACAUGAAGGACUUCAAGGCGGCAAUAGCACAUGCUGAGACAGCAAACGCAAAGAUCACCGCCCGGUUCACCCGUCCAUCUCGCCCUCUGCAAUUCGCCUACGAAUCUGAGGGCGUCAAAACCGAAUUUACGCUGAUGACUAGAGGAGAGUCGCCCGGGGAGGACGUUCCGGGCUCCUCUCGAGCAGCACCUCAGUUAUCCGCACGUCAAACUCCAGCACCCGUGCAGAUAAGCCAAAGGAACACGGCUCCAGAGACCGCACAAAUGCCUCCUCCCCGCAGUCGGUCGAUCCGGCCACUCACUGGGACUUCUACUCGGGCUUCACAAUCCAACACCGAGACCCAACAACCUCCGCCAUCGAUGGAGUUCGACAGUCUGUUCGUUCCAGCGGAUGACGACAGGCAAUGGGACGUACCAAAUGAUGAGGAUGAAGGUCCAGUCGAGGACGAGCUCGGCUGGGAUGCCACUGGAGAGCAGACAAGCACAGGCCCUGGGUUACGAGAUAUCGAACCCCGAAUGGCACAGGCAAGUCACGAGGAAGAGGAGAUGGGAAUUCCGCCCACUCAGCGCAUGUCACAGCAUGACUAUCUCCGACCUCAAUCCCGAGUAAUCACCCAACUCGUCGCACAACCCGCGCCCAGCCCAACAACCUCCCCAACCCCAUCCGGCAAAGGAACAGCGCUGCACACCCCCUUCACAUUCCCCUGCGCAUCCGUAACAGGACCACAAUUACCAUGCUCCCCCCAACCACAAGCCACAACCGUCCUCAUGUCAACAAGAGCAAGCACAUGCUCACUCCCCACCGCCAACUCCUUCACCACCCCCAUAUCCCCCGGCGGCAAUUGCCCGCGAUCAUUCCUCCCCCAACUCACAACCCUCCCAUCAGAACAAUGCUCCUCCACCCCAGACAUAACCCCCCACCUAUCCCCCGGCGACCCCAGCACAACAAACUCCCCUUUCUCUUUAUCCCCAACCACAACCGUAAACUCCCUUCCACACGCCGCCCCUGUAGCCCGGAACCCUAUCUCCUCCUCAUCAUCGAUCCUAACAGGUUCCCACACAAUCUUAGAUUCUUUCCCCUUUGCCCCUAACUGGCCUUUCCUCCCCCCUCCCCAUCCAUAUACCUGCCCCCCUGCAAGCACAACAACCGUAUGCCCCAUCCCGCUCGCUAUACUGACGACCUUCUCCUCGAACUCAAUGCACCCAACCCCUUCAAGACAGGAUUUCCCCUCCCCAAGGCCCAACUCCCCCCUCCCCCCAGUCCCCAAAACAUACACUUUCCUCCCAGCCACCAGGAACGUCGCUUCCCAUGUAGCUGACACAUUCGUAAACCUCUCUUCUUCCCCGACACCAUCACCACCCUCUCCAUAUGACCCAUUAACAACCACCCUCCGAAACCUCACCACCUCCUUAUCCCCCUCCCGAUUUCCUGUGGGUAAUCCGCACCGCCCAUCCUCAUUCCACCCUGCCGCAUAUACCCUCCCAUCGGAGAAUAGUAUCAGAGUGUGGUUUCCGCCGGCUGCGAUGCGGGAUAUCGUUGCUGUGUUUGACGAAGAUGGAGAGGAGGGUGAGGAUGAGGAUGAGAAAGCGGUGAAGGGUUGGUCAUCGUCGAAGAGACAUUCUGUCGGGAUGGAGACGUCUUCUGUGUGUGCGAGGCCGAGUUGGCCUGAGCCGUUGGAGCCAAAGGCGUAG